CUCACAGCUGCUUCUGCCCUCAUUUGCUUUCCCGCCUGAUGGGCCCUCGGGGAGUUUGGAGGCGCGCGAAGCGGCGCGCGCGCAGGAAGGGGGGGGGAGAGAAGUGUGUGGAGAGCCCCGGCCGCGCUUUUGCCUCUCAUUUAUUAUGAUGACCAGCGCGCCGGCGAGGUUAAAUAGUUGCCAAGGCGCCAGCAGCCCGACUCCAUCUCCUCCUCCUCCUCUCUGUCCGGGCGGGAACUAACGACCCCACACAACAACUGCUGCGAGAGGAGAAUCACGUUGUUCGAAACAGCUUCGCCUUCCUUCUCCCUGAGGCACUUUUCUCCCUGGCUGAGCAGCUCGAGGCGGCGGCGAAGCCGGCCACGGAGGUCCCCGCCCCCAGCCCCCUGAGGAAUGGAGUCCGGGGAAGAGUGAGAGGGGAAGCGGGUGUCGUUGGCUUUGCUCCUCCGGCGGCGUCUGCGUUGGGGCUGCGGCGGCGGCGCGGGAAGCAUGGCAGAGGCGCACGAGCAGGGACUUGCUGCCCUUCUCUCUUCAGUUUGAAAACGAGACGUUCAUAGCAGCCGGCGUCGAAACGCAACAAUUAACCACAAGGACCAGGUUUCUGCGAAGUUCCUAACAUCUCAGCAGACUCCAACCAGCUGCACACACUCUUGGCCACACCUGGAAAACUUGUUCCACAAUAGCACAGGGCAUCUCUGUGUGUGGUUGCUCAGAAACACAGAAUAUGGGAACUCAGCACCGAAUAAAAGUAGAUGUUCCUGAUCGUGUUCUUUACACUGUAGGCUCCUGUGUUCUUGUCAUUGGUUCUAUCGGAAUCACAGGAAAUCUCCUUGUCCUCUAUGCAUUUUACAGCAACAAGCGGCUGAGGACACCGGCAAACUAUUUCAUAAUGAAUUUAGCAGCAAGUGAUUUUCUGAUGUCUGCAACUCAAGCUCCAAUCUGCUUUCUCAACAGCAUGCACACAGAAUGGAUACUCGGAGACAUAGGUUGUAACUUUUAUGCUUUUUGUGGGGCACUCUUUGGAAUAACUUCAAUGAUGACUUUAUUAGCUAUUUCAGUUGAUCGCUACUGUGUGAUUACUAAGCCUCUGCAGUCUAUAAAAAGGUCUUCAAAGAAACGCUCGUGCAUAAUCAUUGCCUUUGUCUGGCUCUACUCGCUGGGAUGGAGUGUAUGUCCUCUCUUUGGAUGGAGUUCCUAUAUACCUGAAGGUUUGAUGAUAUCUUGUACAUGGGACUAUGUAUCCUAUUCUCCAGCAAACAGAAGUUAUACCAUGAUGUUAUGUUGCUUUGUGUUCUUUAUCCCUCUGAUAAUAAUCUUCCACUGCUAUCUAUUCAUGUUUCUGGCCAUUAGAAGUACUGGCAGGAACGUUCAGAAGUUAGGAUCAACCUAUAACCGGAAGUCGAAUGUUUCGCAGUCAGUGAAGAGUGAAUGGAAGUUAGCAAAAAUUGCCUUUGUGGCUAUUGUGGUGUUUGUUCUGUCCUGGUCCCCAUAUGCUUGUGUCACUCUGAUUGCGUGGGCAGGCUACGCGAAGACCUUAAACCCAUAUUCUAAAUCUGUGCCAGCUGUUAUUGCCAAAGCUUCUGCGAUCUACAAUCCCAUAAUCUAUGCAAUCAUUCACCCAAGAUACAGGAGAACUAUUCGAAGUGCUGUCCCUUGCUUGAGAUUCCUUAUACGGAUCUCACCAAGUGAUCUUUCAACAAGUUCUGUGAACGAGUCGUCAUUCAGGGCUUCUAUGUCCAGCCGUCACUCUUUUGCUGCCAGGAACAAGAGCAGUUGUGUUUCUUCCAUUUCUGCAGCAGAAACUACUUGGAGUGACAUGGAGCUUGAGCCUGUGGAGGCAGCCCAUAAGAAACAGCAACCUCAUCGAAGCCGCUCUUUCUCAAAACAAGCAGAAGAAGAGACUGGGUUGCUCCUAAAGACCCAGAGCUGUAAUGUGCUGACUGGAGAAAAGGUUGCAUUGUCCUCCAUCAGUCUGCAUGACCCGUUUGAGAGAUCGUUUGGAGAGAAUGCCCCAGAACUGCUGCUCAAGCCCAGUUGUUUGAGAACUUCAUCUCUUCCAUUUGGCUUGAAUAGUAGCAGCACAGAAGAGAAUGCAGACACUUCUGACAUGGAAGUUCAAGAGCAGCAAACAGAUGGAAGCCUCAACUCAUUAAUGAGCCCCACCAUCCCACAAAUAGUUAUCGUUUCUACCUCAGAGACCACCCUCUCUGAGGGGCAAGAUGAGCUGGAAAAUGGACAGGCAGAAAAUUCCGGUGUAUUAUUUUCUCCAGGAAAGAAUCACCUGUUGGACAUAGGAAGGCUUAGCCCCUCUACCAACCUCAUUGAAACAAUUGAGAAGCUUCUGUCCUAAAUAUGGAAGAGAACAACUAUUUGGUCUUUUUGCUGCUUCUUUGCAUUAUUAUACCAAAAAAGGGGGGGAUGACCCACAUGAAGAACUCUGAGCCUUGUAGAUUAAGCAGAUAACUUUAUAAACAUAUUUUUUUGUAAUGCAAUCUUUAGCCCUUCUUGAAUUUUAUGCACUUUGCAGAAGCAAAACAACAGCAAUAGAUGCUGAAGGCGCAAAGCAUCCAUAGCGUAGACAACAAGUGUUUGCCAACCAAAACACCUAGUAAAUAUUUCUCUGUAUCUGUAUUCAGGAUAAGUUUUCAUGCUUGUAAUACCUUUCCAAGCAGUUCCAUUGCUGGAGUGCCCAGCAACCACAAGCCCUGCUGUAUUUCCAGAUACUAAGAUUGGUUCUGGAAAGAAAUAUCAGCUAUGCGUUCCUCAAUAAACCUGGUCCAGGAAUUGGUCAUUCUCCACUACUUUAGCCACCAACUGAAAGAUGGUAGAUCAAGUGGAGAUGUUUGAGGUGGCACAAGCAGCCAUUGUCUAGCAACCAGAAACCAGUUGACUUUUUGUCCUGACUCAACACAACAGCUAGUUUGCCAUCUGUUCUUUGUAACUGAAGCUAUGACUAGAGGAGGAAGAA